CCAAAAUAAAUAAGAACCCUUGUCACAAACCCAGAAAUCAAAAUUCCCAAACCCUAUAAUAAACCCCCUCACUCCUCCAUCAUCUCCUAUGAAUAAAAUAAUAUAAUUUAAUCUCCUUUCAACAUUUUUUACAAAUGAUAUAAGAUUAAAUUAAUAAGUAAAAAUAAAAAAUGGUUUCAAGGCAAUCAGGGAAAGAUACAGGAGGAGGAGCAGAAGAAGGUGACGUGGAUGUUGAUGCAGUAACCUCUCCUCGGCCGGUCCGAACAAGCGAAAGGAUUCGAAAAAAGCCGAAAACAUACAGUCGAUAUAGUAUUAUGUAUCAACAUUUCCCUAAAAAAAUUAAAAAGAAUAAUAAUAAGUCUAAAUCCAGACCAGCAGCUGCUACUAUUGCUAAGCAAUUUAAUAAACAAAAUCACAACAAACGUCGCGAAAACGAUUCUGCUAUGGAGAAUCUUCGGCGUUCUACAAGAAAACGGAAACUUAUAAAUCAUGAUGGCUACAGUACUGGAGGCGAGGAUAUUGAUCUAAUGGAGCUCAAAGCUAGGAGGCAUAAAGAGAAGUUGCCUCGGCAUGGAGGAUCCUCACAUGAAGCAUUAACACCUCGUCGCUCCGGCCUCCGGCCUCGUCGUUCUAAUGCAGGUUCAAGAAGGCAAAUAAUUGAUGAAUCUGAAGAUGAACGGGAUAAUUCUGAGGAAACUAAUGGACCAGAAAAUGGCAAUGAAAUGGAGGAUAAUGAUGCAGAUGAUGUCGAGAGCGAGGAGGGUGGUGCUGAGGGUGAUGGAGACGAUGAAGGUGAGGGUGAAGAUGAAGAUGAAGAUGGAGAUGAUGAAGAUGGUGAUGACGAAGAUGGUGAAGAAGAGCAGGAUGGCAGGAGGCGAUAUGAUCUUAGAAAUCGGGCAGAAGUUCGGAGGCUAUCUCAUGAGCAGGGAAUGCAAAGACCAAGAUCUCCUAGAAGAGUACUUCAACAAGGAGUAGGGACAAAGCAUGGUAGGGAUGUCAGAAGAGGUGGAUCUCGGGUUCAUAAACGUCAUCGUAUAUCACGAGCAGAAGAUUCUGACGAUUCUCUUCUUGUGGAUGAGCUGGACCAAGCAAUGCCUAUGCCUUGGUCAAGAGGCGCAAACAGGUCUGGUGCACCACCAUGGCUUUUAGGAGGGGGGCCCGAUUUGCAUGGGGCAUCCUCAUGGGGAUUAAAUAUUGCUGCAUCAGGUUGGGGUCAUCAGGGUGAUGUUUUGGCUAGCCUAGCUUCAGGUGUUCAAACCGCCGGGCCCAGUUCCAAGGGAGGGGCUGACAUUCAACCUUUACAGGUUGAUGAUAGUGUUAGUUUUGAUGACAUUGGUGGGCUUUCAGGCUAUAUUGAUGCUUUAAAAGAAAUGGUCUUUUUCCCGCUACUCUAUCCUGAUUUUUUUGCUAGUUACCACAUUACCCCUCCAAGGGGAGUGUUGUUAUGUGGUCCCCCUGGCACCGGAAAAACACUCAUUGCACGAGCAUUAGCUUGUGCUGCUUCCAAGGCUGGGCAGAAAGUCAGUUUCUAUAUGAGGAAGGGUGCUGAUGUGCUUAGCAAAUGGGUAGGCGAGGCUGAAAGACAAUUGAAGAUGCUUUUUGAAGAAGCUCAAAGGAAUCAGCCAUCAAUAAUAUUUUUUGAUGAGAUAGAUGGGCUUGCUCCUGUCAGAUCAAGCAAACAGGAGCAGAUACAUAAUUCUAUUGUUUCAACGCUGCUUGCCUUGAUGGACGGUCUUGAUUCACGAGGGCAGGUGGUUUUGAUUGGGGCAACAAAUAGGAUUGAUGCCAUUGAUGGAGCACUAAGGCGUCCUGGAAGAUUUGAUCGUGAAUUUACUUUUCAGUUGCCUGGUUUUGAUGCCCGUGCUGAAAUAUUAGACAUUCACACUCGGAAAUGGAAACGCCCCCCUGUGAAGGAGCUGAAGUUGGAACUCGCUGCUAGUUGUGUGGGUUACUGUGGUGCUGAUCUAAAAGCUCUCUGCACUGAAGCUGCGAUUCGUGCUUUCCGUGAAAGAUAUCCUCAGGUUUACACUAGUGAUGAUAAGUUUCUCAUAGAUGUUGAAUCAGUAGAAGUGGAAAAGAAGCAUUUUAUGGAGGCCAUGUCAACAAUCACUCCGGCUGCUCAUAGAGGCUCAAUUGUUCAUUCUCGACCAUUGUCUCCCGUUGUUGCACCCUGUCUACAAAGACAUCUUAAGAAGGCCAUGAGUGUUAUAUCCGAUAUUUUUCCUGCUCUUGAAAUUUCCACCGAGUCCAAGAAAUUUUCCAUGCUUGUUUGUGGUUUUGCUCUUCCUCUUGUUUACAGACCUCGGCUUUUGCUGUGUGGCCUGGAGGGUGCUGGGCUGGAUCACUUGGGACCUGCUAUUUUACAUGAACUAGAAAAGUUUCCUGUCCAUUCUCUUGGACUUUCUUCUCUUCUGUCUGAUCCCAGUGCUAAGAUACCAGAGGAAGCUUUGGUUCAUGUAUUUGCUGAAGCUAGGAGAACUACGCCCUCAAUACUGUAUUUACCUCAAUUCCAUCUUUGGUGGGAAAAUGCUCAUGAGCAACUUAGGGCCGUGCUGCUGACGUUAUUGUUGGAAUUGCCAUCAGAUUCCCCCAUUUUGCUUCUUGGAACAUCGUCAAUUCCGCUUGAUGAGCUUGAUGGGGAUACAUCUUCUGUGUUCUCUUCUCGUAACAUUUAUCAGAUGGACAAACCAUUAAUGGAAGAUAGAAGUAUGUUUUUUGACCGUCUGAUUGAAGCUGUGUUGUCAAUACCAUCGGAGGGAGCUGCAAAGAAGUCCCAAAAGUCAGUUGCUGUUCCUGAACUCAGCAAAGCGCCCAAAGUAGACACUGGUCCAAAGGUCUCUGAACUUAUAGCUAAAGCCGAAGCAGAGGGUCAUGCCCUCCGUAGAUUAAGAAUGUGUCUCCGCGAUGUUUGCAAUCGGGUUUUAUAUGACAAACGCUUCAGUGCUUUUCAUUACCCCGUGCUGGAUGAAGAUGCUCCAAAUUAUCAUACAGUUAUACAGAACCCAAUGGACAUGGCUACACUUCUGCAGCGUGUUGAUGGUGGAAAGUACAUAACAUGCAAGGCAUUCUUAGCAGACUUUGAUCUCAUUUUAGCAAAUGCGAAGAUAUAUAAUAGGGAUGAUUACAACGGAGCUAGGAUUGUCAGUAGAGCUUAUGAACUUCGAGAUUCAGUGCAUGGGAUGCUAUCCCAAAUGGACCCAGCAUUGGUUGCAUUCUGUGAUAAGAUUGCUGAAAACGGUGGUCCAUUGACUCUGCCUGAAGAUAUUGCUGGUUCUACUUUCCAGAAUGUUCCCGUCGUUCAAACAGCUACUAUGACUAGAGCCAGUGCACGUCUUCGUCAUGUCCAGCCAGAAGUUAAUUUAGAUCAAAGCUAUGAAGCGCUAAAACGGCCCAAGAAGAGCGCCGAUCCUUCACAUACAGCUUCAACAGCUGAUGAAGAGUCUCAGCCUCAAGAACCAGUUGUUGAUGAUCUAAAUGAUCCAAACCCCGUGAGAUCACCACCUGGUUGUAUCGAGGUUGACACUAACCCCACCGAGGUUAGCGAGUCAAAAUCACAAGAUGUUAUUAUGCCAGAUGUGGAGAGUGAUGGCAAAAUCGAUUCUGCUAAGAAGCUCUUAUUGGAACGAACAUCUGAUUAUGGAAUUCCACAGCUAGAAAGGCUGUAUACGCGUAUCGUUAAAGGUGUUUUUGAGUUAAAAAAUGUUGAACAGGAUAAUCUCAAGCCUUUAGUUUCCAACUUUUUGUUGAAGUUUGCUGAAACUGAGGCUAAUUUUUGAAGGGAACCAUUUUUCUUUCCUUUUGCGGAUAGAUUUUGUUUGGCUUUUAACGAAAUAUUCAUUUGGGUAGAAUAUAAUUCGAAUCUACUUUAGGAGGUGA